GCUGCUGUGGAGGGAAAACUGGUGGGAGAUCUGAGCUUCAACAGAUUACCUCUGUGCAGGGUCAUCUGGACAACAAGAGGGCAUCGGCGGCUUCUCAGACACAAAUGCUAUGUCAAACUCUGAGUGGGAGUCCAUCUCUCACUGGGAUUGUACGUACGUGAAGUUCAAUCGGUGUAUUUUUUGCCAAAGUGCCAAACUCUGAGUGGGAGUCUGUCUCUCGUCUGGACAACAAGCGGUGUAUUUUUUGCCUCACCACGUCAGUGGUACUGUGCCGCUUGAUACGCAGAGGCAGAUUCUGCAGUGACACUUGAGAGGAUCCUUUUCGACUAAACGAGGAUCAAGUAGGGUCAUAAUCACUCACAUGAGGACUUUACUGUCUGAACGGAGUUGUAAUUGCAGGCUGAUACAUCCCCGAAAGUGGCCGAUUCAUCCCUGAAAGUGGCCGAUACAGGGUCGUAAUCACAUGAGGACUUUACGGUCUGAACGGAGUCAUAAUUGCAGGCUGAUACAUUCUGGAAAGUGGCCGAUUCAUCCCGGAAAGUGGCCGAUAUACAUCUUGGAAACUACCACGGGUAGUGUGUGAGUAUGCCCUAAAAAAGAUGGAUUCUAGCGCUGCGGAGGACACACAAAUGGGGAAGCUAGGGUGUGAUCCUGAGAAUGAGAAGAUGCCUUCCCCGGAGAAAAAGCAGCAUCAAACUUUUAAGUUCGCUCUGACUGGACCUGCAAAGAGCAAAUCUCAGCAUUCGUCAGUCUCAGUCGUCGGUCAGACCGUCCCCGGAAAUGGAAAAGCUGUCCAGAGUAAAGGGGGGGGGGGGGAUAAACGAAAGGAACCUACAGAGGAGCGUGAUUAUGUCACAGCCAUUGACAGAAGGGGACUUGUGAGCCGGAUUGAGAAAAAGGAGGCUGGCCCUGCGGUGAUCCCACUGCUGGAGGACUCCUGGAAACUGCACAGGAAGAGGGCCUGUCCGGGCCGUCAACCGAUAAUGUCAGCGUUGGGUGAAGUAGUGCUUGAUGGAGAUGCGGAGAGUGAUCGAUUCGAGGAGGUGGCCCCGGAAGAUCAACCCGGUGAGAACGUUCGGUAUGGGUUGGAGGUUCGCAAAGCCAAAGGCAGAGUGGAUGGGAACAAUGAGGAAAGCACGGUAGCUGCUUUCCACUCCAGAUAUCACCAACAGCAGCUUGACGCACAAGCAAUGCAAAGGGAAAUUGACAGUCUCCCAGAUGUUGAUGAUACCGAAACUUACGAGACCAUGCCAAUCGAGCUUUUCGGGGAGGCACUUUUGAGAGGAAUGGGGUGGGAACAGGGAAAACCUCUCGGGCGACGUGCAGACAGCGUAAUCGAGCCCAUGGAAUAUCGUCCAAGGCCCGACAGGCUUGGGCUUGGGGCAGUGGCUGGCCGUCCGCCUCAAGAUGAGGCAACUGGCAAGAAGCAGAAGACUGGCGACCGAAAGGCUCGUGGACCACGGGCUGAUAUGGCCCCACCCAUCGGGUCUGAUGGCAGGGUCCAACACGUCAGAAAUGGAGGAGAGAACCACACAGAGAGAACCAGACCAGGCGGAGUUGCCAUUGGGAAGACAAUGGAAAUCAUCGCAGGGAGGCAUUCGGGUCUGCGUGGAGUUGUGUUAAGCAUAGAGACACAUCCACCUGAGAGCGGAAGGUCCGAUCGGGCCACAGUCAGGUUGGAAACGGGCAACGAAAAGGCUGUUUUUCGAGUCAAAGAGCUAGCAGACAUCGAUUUGCCCACCAGCAAACACCGGACUCCUGAGGGGAGGGAUAACAAGGUAAGGCGAGAGGAGGAAGAAGAGAUUAAUAGAGAUAAGAAGACGGGCAGCAUGCAAGGAAAGGGCUCGAGGCCUGAGAGCCAAGAUUAUCGUGCAGUGAAACAUCAAACAGGAAACGAUGAGGGUUCCAAACAGUCGCACCAUGAAUGGAAGGAGCAGGAUAGGGGCUCUAGGAUUCUGAAGGAGGGAAGGGGCCUUCGUCGACAGGAUAUGGAUAAAGGGAAAUAUUAUGGCGAUUCUAAGGUAUCAACAUCGAUUAAUGCCAAACAGACUUUGUCUUGUGAUGGAGGAGGUCAUCAGGGUGUCGAUGCAUCUGGGAAAAAGGCGAAGGGCAAUGGUGAAAAAGGGAAGGGACAACAGGGCAAUGGUGGAAAAGGGAAGGGACAGCAAGGGGAUGAACGCAAAGAUUCGCGCAUAACUAGCUGGUUGAUGGGUGGCAUCAAGGUCAGGAUCGUAAACAAGGAGCUGUCAGGUGGAAAGGUAUACCUGAAGAAGGCAACUGUUGCCGAUGUGGUUGGCUUUGCACCUGCGACGCGUAAAAUGCUUUGUGACGUAGUGUUGGAUGAAAAUGGCAAAAUAUUACAGGGAGUAGAUGAGUCAUCCCUCGAAACCGUUCUUCCAAAGCGAGGGGGUCGUGUCCUCAUCGUGUCGGGAAGUUUGCGAGGGCAAGGUGGGAGGCUGAUGGACAAGAAUCUGGACAAGGGUUGGGCAUUAGUGCAACUCCAUGAAGAUUUGGCACAUGUUCAAGUCCAACUCGACGAUGUAGCAGAGUUUGUUGGUGGCAUGCAGGAUGACGAGUUUUGAGAAUCUUUUGAUUCAUCUGAGCAAUGUCUUUCGGGGUGUGAUAUGUUUCCUGAUUCUCCCCCCAAUCAUCAACCUGUCCUAUUCUCUUUCUCAAGGUUCACACAUGAUCCAUUGUAUACAUGUAUGACCGGGCAGCUCUGUUUGACUAAUACAUAUAUAUAUAUAUAUAUGUGCAACAGGAUAUGGUCCCUGCCCAGAGUACACUCCCAACGACAGUCCCUACUCACGAUGUGGCCCCGAACG